CGACCGAUGUACGGUCGGGAUCCUUCCAUCGAGAUGACACAAAAGCUCUCCCCUCCUUUCCCUCGUUUCCUUCGCCCUUGCUCUGAUUUCCCUGCAACGGCGGAGGCGGGGAGAGAAGCUAAGGGGAAGUUGUCUGUCGUCCUUUUCCCCUUCUUGUCUCCCUCUUAUAAUUCUUAUCUAUGGAUCCUCCGGCGGCGGACGCGCAGAACGAGAGGGAGGGGUUUCUCGCCCAGGUGGACUCCUUCCUCGUUGAUGCUCUCGAGAAUCCUCGCCAUCGGCUCACCGUUCUGCGAAUGGAGUUGGCCAUCCAGAGGUUCAUGCAGAAUCCUGAUCAACAUCAAUUUGAAUUUCAGCAUUUACCGACUUCCUAUCUAAGGUGUGCUGCACAUCGUGUUGCUCAGCACUAUGGGCUUCAUACCAUGUCACUCGACAACUCGGUAGAUGGUCUAGGCAGCAGGGUGAUAGCCAGGAAAACACCUAAUAGCAAAUAUCCAGCUAUCUGUUUAUCAGAAGUUCCUCCAAAACAAAAUGAAAAGGAAAUUGCUGAACAAUUUAAGAUUGCCAUUCGUCCAAGGCCAAUGAAAGGUUGCCUUAGUGAUGAUGUCGAGCUGGGACUCAAAAAAGGUGCAGUGAGAUCUGUGGAAGAGCGCAAGGAGGAAUAUGAUAGAGCACGUGCCCGCAUAUUUAGUGGCUCUAGCAGUUCAGAGGGGGAUGGAUCAUUGUCUGCUGAUUCAAUUGACAGGAGAAGCUUGCCUUCCAGUAUGGAUGAGCAGGAAUAUGCACUAGAGGAGAUCGAAAAGACCCAUAGCAAAGAUAGUGCAUCUAGGGUUGCCAUUUUCCGAGAUAUGGAGAAGGACCGCACUGAUCCAGAUUAUGAUCGGAGUUAUGAAAGGUACGUUAGAGGACCCGCAGCGUUCCAGAAUUUUGGUCUGCAAGCAUGCAAUAUUCUUCAGCCUCCUUUCGUACAGUACGAGGCAGAUGUUUCCUCAUUCAGCCCCAUGUCAAGGAACCUAGCUAACCCAUCGGUGAACCCAUAUUUUGCUUUCGGAUACGACCAGAACACAAAGGAUGCUUUCUGCAUGCAGUGGCCCAACCCUGCCAUGAUGUAUGCAUACUCCUACGAACACUUCAGGCAGGCUAAGUUUCAGGCACCAUUGUAUCAGCAACCUCUGAGCUUUGAGCAUCCGAGGAACCUCUAGCCCUAGGCAAGCUGUGUCCAUCUGUUCUCUUUGGAUGUAGAGUAGAUGUGGGUUGUUGUUUUGUACUGCUACUUUAAAGACUCUUUAGUCUUUGAUUUGGAGGUGGGGGGACACUUGUGUUGUUUGUGUGGUAGAUAUGUGAUCGCCUCUGUACUUUGAUUGCAGCGGUGACUCCUUUUUUUGUGCCUUUGGUUACGAUUCUUUUUUUAGGUUGUUCAUAUAUUUUAUAUA